UGACCGCGCCUCCCGCCCCCGUGCCCGGCUGCCCUAUAUGUGGGCCGCCCGGGCAUGGGGCGGUCCCCGGAGGGCAGCGAUGGAGCCGGAGGAGCGGCGCGCGCUGGGCCUGCUGGCCGCCCUGAUGGCCGCGCUGGGCUGCCUGUGCUUCGCGCUGCUGCGGACCCUGGGGAGUCCUACCUACGGGCGCCACGGGUCACGCCGGGGCCCCUGGGUGCUGCCCGCGCGCCCCGCCUGGGCCCUGCAGGAGCUGCCGUCGCUGCUCGUGCCGCUUGCCUGCGCCUGCGCCCACGCCGGCCACCUGCACCGCUGGCCCAACCGCCUGCUCCUGGCCAUGUUCGUCCUGCACUACGUGCACCGAUCCCUGAUCUUCCCGCUGCUAAUCCGAGGAGGCAAGCCCACCCCGCUCGAAAUCUUCCUGGGGGCCACGGUGUUCUGCACCAUUAACGGCUACCUGCAGGGCAGGUACCUGAGUGCGUACGCUGUGUACCCCGACUCCUGGCUGACUGACCCCCGCUUCCUCCUGGGAUCUGCCCUGUGGCUCGCAGGCCUGCUGAUAAAUGUCCACUCGGACCAUAUCCUGAGGAAUCUCCGGAAACCGGGGGACACAGGCUACCGGAUCCCACAUGGAGGCCUUUUUGAGCUUGUCAGUGCGGCCAACUUCUUCGGGGAGCUGACGGAAUGGGCUGGCUACGCGCUGGCCAGCUGGUCCCUGGAGGGCAGCGCCUUUGCCUUCUUCUCCUUCUGCUUCCUGUUUCCCAGGGCCGAGCAGCACCACCGGUGGUACCUGGAGAAAUUUGAAGACUACCCGAAGUCGAGGAAGAUCUUAAUUCCCUUCCUGCUGUGAGCCUGCAGUCAGGCCGACAGACUCGACAGACUCGACAGACUCGCCACCCGCUGCCCCCUCUGCCGGGCCCGCCCCCACCUGGUCCCCGUGUGCCCAGGACAGAGCCAUGGGCCGGCGUCCUUCCCGCAGACUGGUGCCGGGGAGGGGUGUGCCCACUGCCCCGUGGGGCCCGGUCAGCUCUGCAAGUCCAGGCUGCUCAGGGCCAGAGCAGAGGACGCAGGGUGGGGACAGGAGCCACACGCCCCCACCCCCAGCUGUCACCAGCAGGGAGCACUGGCCUCCACCACCAUCUCAGGUCCCAGCGCUUCUUCCUUUGGUUCUGCCUCUGGAGACACACCGUAACUUUCCACGCUUGUCCAUACAGCAGGUCGGAGCCGUGAGGUGGCCUCUGCCUGCAGCUGGCCCUGGUGCUCCCUCAGUGUCCCCCUAUGCACCGUGUAGACCCUCCUCCUCCCACCCUCACCAGGCUGGCAUUGACCUGGGAAGAAAGGGCGGAGGGGAUGAACCGGGGUCUUGGGUUUUGAAACAUUGAAAGGAGAGAAAUUCUUGGCUGGGAGACCUCAGCCCCCCUGCCCGGCUCCCCCGUGAGCAGAGGCAGAACCACGGGCAGCCUGGGACGGGUGGCCUUAGAACCUUCCAGAACAGGCCUGCACUGGGAUGCCUGGUGCCCGCCAAGGACCGGUGCGGGUGUGACCCUGUGAGUGACGGGGCCCCCAUGGUCCUGCAGCAGUGACAGCCCCGACUCCUUGGGGACAUCUCCGAGCUGAGCGGAACCAGGUGGACCCGGCUGCCAGGCCGGCAGGAAGCCCGUGCCCUGGGAACAUGGUAAAGGUGGGUCAUUCACAGCUGUGUCCUCUGGUGCUGUCCCGGGCCUCGGGGGUCACCCCACGGCUGAGACCAAUAAAGUCCG